AUGGAAAUCCUUGCGGUUGGACUUGAGCGAGAGGUCCGGUACCAGUUGGGAGAGGAUCAGCUGGAUUGUAUCUUCAAGGAGCUCGAGUGGCAUGCGCAGAGGCACCGCGACCAGAUCGAUAAGACCGCCUUGGUGCCGAUCGAUAUUGGCAUCCAAGGGAUGCGUCGGUCAGAUGGAUUGAUCCCGGAGGAGCUCGGCGGCCCACCACUGGACUUCAUCACCGCAGGAAAAGUACUCGACGUCGUCCCGGCUCCCAAAUCAAGCGCAGUCGACUCGACCUUCUACUCCAAAAAGCACCAAUGGCUACCGACAGACCUUGGUGUCUCCCCCGAGGGGAAAGUCAAGGCAAAAUCGUACAUCAACAACCUGCACCCGGUCGAACACAAGGAGAUGUAUCCGGUCCUGGAGGAGACCUUGGACAAGGUCCUACUGAUGUUCGAGGGGGUUCUGUCUGCGAUUGAGGCCUUCCCGUUCAAGGUUAGCAAGCUGAAGGAAAGCAGAGACUGCCUCAGGACCCAAUACAAGCCCCUCCAAACGGUCGUCAAGCUGGCCAACAUCGAAUUGACUCCCAAUAAUCAAGUGUACGCGGGCGGCACUUGGCAUGACGAGAGAAUGGCGAACGAGAAUAUUGUCGCUACAGGGAUAUAUUACUACAACACCGAAAACAUUGGCGACUCGCGACUCGCGUUCAGUAUCCAAAUCAAGGAACCAAAGUGCGAGCAAUCGGACGAUCGAGGAGCAGAGCACCUGUAUGAUGUUAUGAACAAGGAUGCGCUGAUUCAGUAUAUGGACGGGAUUACGACGCAACAGGACCGUUGUGUGGUGUUCCCCAACAUCUACCAACAUCAGGAGCAGUCUUUCGGAUUAGCAGACCGGACCAAGCCCGAAUCCCGAAAGCUGUUGGCUUUCUUUCUUGUCAGCCCUGAGGAACCGGUCCUAUCGACGACAUUUGUCCCUCCACAGCAAUAG